CAACCAAGUGGGACUGGCCAUUAUCGCCCAGGUCAGCCAUGGGCUUGUUAGAUAAACUAUCUGCAUGUCUACGGCUGAGGCGCAAGAGCGCGAAUAUUCUUUGCUUGGGGCUGGAUAACAGCGGCAAGAGCACCAUCAUCGACCGCUUGAAACCCGCCAAUGCAGAAGUCCAACUCGUAACACCAACAAUUGGAUUCAAUGUAGAGAAAUUCUCCACAAUCAGGUUGUCCUUUACAGUGUUUGACAUGUCAGGCCAGGGAAGAUACAGAAACCUUUGGGAACAUUACUAUAAGGAUGCUCACGCCAUUAUUUUUGUCAUUGACAGUGUGGAUAGACUGAGGAUUUCUGUGGUGAAAGAAGAAUUAGACACCCUCCUUAUUCAUCCAGAUGUCAAACACUCUCGAACCCCAAUCCUCUUUUUUGCAAAUAAAAUGGAUCUGGAAGAUGUUAUGUCAUCAGAUACACUGACCAACACUUUGAAACUUCAUGACAUCCAGUGUAAACCUUGGUCUAUAUGUCCUUGCAGUGCUAUGACAGGGGAGGGAAUUCAAGAUGGAAUACAAUGGCUACAAGAUAACAUCCUCGAAGAAAUGAAAAGGAAAUAAACACACGGGUUGAGCUAAAGAAGCCAGAAUUGAUUGAAACAUGCAAAUCAUUAAUAAAAUUCAUCUAAUUUGUAUUAU